AUGGCGGCGGCGGAGCUGCAGGAGCUGCGGGCGCUGGUGGAGCGGGCGGGCGGGCGGCAGGCGGUGCUGCUGGUGGCCGAGGUGGCCGAGGGAGCCCCGGCGGCGCCCGCGAUGGCCGCCUUCGCCCGCGACCUCCUGGGCGACGAGGCGCCGCCCGCACCGUGCCCGGUGCCGGGGUGCCGGUCGCGGCGGGACGCGGCCGUGCUGGACGCGGCGCUGCGGCGGCACUUCCCGGCGCCCGGCACGGUGCAGGCGGCCCGGUACAGCCCCGGCUGCCCCGGCGAGUGCCGCGCCGCCGCCUGCCGCGCCCUGCGGGCCGCCCUGCAGCACCCCGCAGAAGAGAGGAAAGACAGGGAGAGUUGGAGGCUCCCAUCCUUCCUGCGGUGCAUUUCUUGGAAACAGAGGAGCUGGAGAAAAGAUCACAAAGCAAAAGCUGCAAACAAUAUUCAUGAAGAUGGCCUGCAGGACCCCGAGGAAGAAGUGGCUUUGACCAGCCUGUCCCCCAAUGGAAACUGUGAAGAAGCUGCUGGAGGCACAGGCACCUAGAGCUGCUGGGCACCCAGCACAGUCCACAUCCCAGAUCUGCCUGGUGGAUUUGGAGCAGUGGGAGGAAGAGCUGGUGCAAUGCUCACUCACCCUCUCCUCCAAGGACCCACCACUCCGUGGAGAAGCUGUUCAGCUGAACUCCUGAGGGUCUUCUGGAGCUCCUGACAGCCUCUGGGGUCUGUGCCAGAGAGCCAUUCCCUGCUGUGCCUGGAGCUGCUGCUGGACACUGGGCUUCUGAGAAGGCCUUUGGGGAUGUAUCCCAUAUCCUGGGCAAGAUGACGUUGGGACUUUGAGCAUGAAAUGCAGCCACCCGUUUGAAGAAUGAGGAGCAUUUUCUAAUUCUGAGCAAAGUUCCCUGCUGAGGCUGCCAGGGCUGGCCUUCCUGGCAGACCAAUUCUGCUGCCUUGUUUUCCUGCUUUAUUGGUGCUUUGAAGUUCCCACUCUCUUUGUGAUUGAGUGACAA